AUGCGUUGGACACAGUUCUACUCCCCCCUUCUUGCUGGGCUCUUGGCCACUACAUCUCUUGCCGCAACAUGGGAGAGAGACGUCUGGGCGCCGACCUUCCGUGUCGGUGGAAAAGGAGGCAGCGAAUUUGAGUUGCUGGCUGAAACCGGCCAAACCGUCCAAAAGAUUCGCGUCUUCAGGGUAGCCACCACGAAGAACAAGCAAACUCUCCGGGGCAUCCAGGUUACCUUCUCUGAUGGCGCGACCCGAAGCGCUGGAGCAUUGGAGGGUGAAUCCAAAGACUACCACUUUCUACCAGGCGAAUCAAUCACCGAAAUGACUCUGUGGGGUAACGGUGAUGGAAAACGCACCGGCCGCAUUCUGUUCAAAACCACCAUUGGAGGCGAGUUUGAUCACGGGCAAGACACAACUGGUCAAGGAAACUUUGUCAUGGAGGUUGGAUCGGGAAUGCUCAUCGGCUUUGUUGGAAGAGCAGGCAAGGAGAUGGACCAGCUGUCCCCUGUUUUUAUCAGGAAGCUGGCCAAAGAUCCGGUGCUCGAGGAUGUCCGCAUUGACUCGUACAAUCCCUUUGCGAAUCUCGAGCUGGAGACAUUAAGCACCAAAAAGGUGAAAUGGGAUGGAGUGGCCCACAACUGGAGCUUCGGUGACACGAUCAUGCGUUCUACAUCCACGACUUGGACAACUUCAUCGUCUACCAGUUUGACUUUCGGCAUGUCCAUCAAAGCUGGCAUUCCGGCGUCUGUCGAGACAUCCGUGUCAUGGUCUACGAGCUCUUCCUCUAGCCAGUCGACGACUCAGAGCAAAGAUAAGACAUUGACCUGGUCCCUUGGCGGACGGAUUAAUGGACCCGAGGAGGCUGUUAAUUGCACGGCGCAGGUUUGGUCAGGCAACCUGAAUAUCGGAUGGGACGGCGUUCUCGUCCUCGACACUGGUGUCAGAGUGUACAGAAUACCUACUCGGGGCACUUUGAAGAGGGUAGACGUGUCCGAGGUCAUUUCACAAUGCAGCCCGCUGUACCCAGAGCUUGUCCGUCCCGGGUCAACCCAACCAGCUGUCCAGACUCCCACACCCACACCUACAGGCUUCCUCACCGUCACCACAACAUCUCUCUCGACUCCUUCGUCUUCUCCCUCUACGGGGAUCAAGCCACAGCCAGGCACCGUUGAGAACUGCGCUGAAUUCCACAAGGUGGUCGCUGGAGAUACAUGCCACAAUAUUGCGCAGGGAGCAGGGAUUACCUUGGACGAGUUUUACGCGUUGAACAAAAAGGUCACGAUUGACUUUGAGUGCGACAACCUCUACCGCGGCUACCAUGUUUGCGUUGGUCUCGCUGCAUGAGGGGCGCCCUUGGAUAUAGUGGGAAUAAUCAGGGCGGGGAACCUUUCUUUACGACGGUCAGGGUGAAUGGGCCAAGUGAUGAUGGAAGUGACUCUUUAAUAAUGGUUUCUUAUGCGUUGAUGGAAAUGAGGCGUUAUUUAUGGGAAUGAAGGUUGGUGACAUUUGGACAGUCUUCACCGAUAUCUAACUUCAUACGCUCUUUUAUUUUAUUUUCAUCUUUUAGAUAAAUAACAAAUUUGAUACUCUCUUUAACAAA